CACAAGUCGACUCGUCGUUCAGUUUAGCAUACAAAGUUUCCUUCCUAGUAGCUGAAGAUAUUCUUUUCCCUUCUUUCUUUCCCUCCAAGCCAAACCCUUCUUCCUCUCACUUAACCAUCCAAACAAAUCCCCAUUAUUCAAUCGACACACACUUCCUGCGCGUGACGGUUUCCAGGAUCUUUUUGUGUUAAUUAUACAACAUGGGUGACAGCCAAUAUUCUUUCUCACUUACUACUUUCAGUCCCUCUGGAAAGCUUGUUCAGAUUGAGCAUGCCCUUACAGCUGUUGGCUCUGGUCAAACUUCAUUGGGAAUAAAAGCUUCCAACGGGGUUGUAAUUGCAACGGAAAAGAAACUUCCAUCUAUUUUAGUCGACGAGACAUCGGUGCAAAAGAUUCAGAUAUUGACUCCUAACAUUGGAGUAGUAUAUAGUGGGAUGGGGCCCGAUUCGCGAGUCUUGGUCAGAAAGAGCAGGAAGCAGGCAGAGCAGUACAAUCUACUCUACAAAGAACCAAUUCCCGUUACACAACUUGUAAGGGAAACCGCAGCUGUUAUGCAAGAGUUUACCCAGUCGGGUGGUGUAAGACCUUUUGGUGUUUCUCUUCUUGUUGCUGGAUAUGAUGACAAAGGUCCGCAGUUAUAUCAGGUGGAUCCCUCAGGUUCAUAUUUCUCGUGGAAGGCAUCAGCCAUGGGGAAGAACGUGUCUAAUGCAAAGACAUUUCUUGAGAAGAGGUAUACUGAUGAUAUGGAGCUUGAGGAUGCGAUUCACACAGCCAUUCUGACAUUGAAGGAAGGAUUUGAAGGACAAAUUUCUGGCAAAAACAUCGAGAUCGGUGUUAUUGAAGCUGACAGAAAGUUCAGAGUCUUGACUGCAGCCCAAAUUGAAGACUAUCUUCAAGAGGUGGAAUAGUUGUAUGGUUUUUCUUCUUGUGGUUUUAGAUUUCCUUGCGUUAAAAAAGUAUGAGGCGUGGUGAUCCAAUGAACCAAGUUUCUUUAAUUUCAACCGGAACUUUUAUGUACCUGACAAGUUUAAAAAAAUUGAUGUGUUGGUGAAAGAAUUUGUUGUUUGAAUAUGAACUUGAUUUCUUGGA